AUGCGUGUGACCGUCGUAGGCGCCGGUGUUACAGGAGUAACGAGUGCGUUUGCGGUGAGCGCUUUUCCAAGUUACGAUGUGAAGAUCUUUGCCGAUGCAUUCUCACCUGAUACUACUAGAGAUAGAAAUGCUGGUUUAUAGUCUCCUUUUCUCCUUGGUGACACACCUGCCGAGGAUAUAACCGAUUAUGAGAUUGAUGUUGAGCCAAUAUGAACAAAAUUUGUUUAUGGCUUCCAAAAAAUAAAUAACGAAAGAUUACAACGAUUGAAUAAAGAAUUACAAGUACGUUUUUCACAAGGUAUGCAGUUCAUAACUUACACCGCUGAACCGGUUUUGCUCCCACCGUGGCUCAUGGAAAAGUUUGUUGCUUUAGGCGGAAAAAUGGAAAGAAGGAACAUUAAAAUGUUGCACCAAUUAGCCGAGGAAGGAUAUGAUCUAAUAAUAAACUGCAGCGGGCUCGAUGCACGAGAACUCGUUGCGGAUGAAACGAUGAUGCCUAUUAAAGGUCAGGUGUACAGGGUAAGAGCACCUUGGACAAUGCAUUGUUUUUUGGUGGACGACGAUGCCUGCAAUUACAUCAUCCCUAACAUCCACAGCGUCGUAAUAGGCGGUACUCAUCAAGAAGGCGAUUUCGACCGUUUCGUACGAGAAAAAGAUUCAAAACACAUUUAUGAUGGAUGUUGCCGCAUAUUGCCAUCUCUAAAGACGAGUGAAAUAAUACGUGCGUUGGGUCUUCGACCAGGACGACCGCGAGUUCGUCUGGAGUGCGAGAGCCUCAGCUCGCCCAUGGGAAAGGAGUUCAAGGUGAUACACAAUUACGGCUACGGCGGAAGUGGCGUGACGUUGUGCUGGGGGUGCGCCAUGGAUGUCGUGGAGAUGAUAAAAAACUUGAAAGUGCCUGAAUUAAACUCCAAACUAAACGAGAGCGUAACAAACAGUCAAAGCAUCAGCGAGCCCGACAAGAAGCAAUCCUGCAAGUCGUUGUUCCAAAAUCAGAAAUAUAUCGGUUCCAACAAUUCCUCGGACUUAUCGCUUGCAAACGACAGAAUAGGUGUCGCCAAGCAUGAUUUCGAGCGGCAUCACUGGCAGAUCACUGCAGAUAAAGGCAAUAACACAGACACAUUAUGCAAAGGAAAUGAUUCGAAACGGCACAAGGAGGAUGUGGAAGAAACGUCAAAGACCAGGAAUAAGAAAAAGCGGAGAUUUUUAACAAUCUGCACGAUAAACUGCAAGUACGAUGUGGUUAGACGUGUGGCCGUACGAUUCGGGAUGAGAGAAGUUACGGAGGACAGCAGUUGGGAUCUCUAUUGGACCGACCUGAGCAUCAGUGUAGAGCGUGUCAAAGACAUGAAGAGGUUCCAGAGGGUCAAUCAUUUUCCCGGGAUGACAGAGAUAUGUAGAAAGGAUUUACUCGCUCGUAAUCUCAAUCGCAUGCAGAAACUGUUCCCGAAGGACUACAAUUUUUUCCCAAAAACUUGGUGCUUUCCUGCGGAUCACGGUGACGCGACGGCUUAUGCCAAGGCGCGGAGGUCAAAAACUUUCAUCGUCAAACCGGAUGCUGGCUGCCAAGGUCGCGGUAUUUAUUUAACGAAACAUUUAAAGGACAUCAAACCAAGUGAACGUUUGAUCUGUCAAGUGUACAUCGCAAGGCCCUUCUUAAUAGACGGGUACAAAUUUGAUCUACGUAUUUACACACUAAUCACGUCAUGUGAUCCUCUUAGAAUCUAUGUGUACAACGAAGGACUCACGAGAUUUGCAACCAGCAAAUACAAGGAACCGAUCGGUUACAAUAUUUCUAACAUGUUUAUGCAUUUGACGAAUUACUCCGUUAACAAGCAUAGCCGAAUGUACAUCAUCGAUGAUGAAAUUGGUAGCAAAAGAAAAAUAUCAACGUUGAAUAAAUGGUUUAAGAUGAAAAAUGUCGAUGUAGAUGAAUUAUGGAGUAAGAUCGACGAAAUUAUAAUUAAAACCAUAAUCGCCGCAUACCCCGUAUUAAAACAUAAUUACCACGCGUGCUUCUCGAUGCACAAUAUGACUUGCGCCUGCUUCGAGCUAUUGGGAUUUGACAUUUUGCUCGAUUGGAAACUCAAGCCUUAUCUUCUUGAAGUAAAUCACUCGCCAAGCUUUCAUACUGAUGCACAGAUAGAUAAAGACGUAAAGGAAGGAUUGCUAAUGGACACCUUCAAUAUAUUAAAUUUACAACAGUAUGAUAAGAAGAAAAUAAUAGAGGAAGACAGGAAGCGAAUCAGAGAGCGACUUCUUCAAGGCUUAAACGGGAAGGAUCAAAUUAACGAUCCGGCUUCGAUAAAAUCCGAUAGAAACGAGAACAAUUAUAUGCAGAGGCAAUUUCAGUGGGAGGACGAUCACAUAGGCAAUUUCCGAAGAAUUUAUCCAUGCUUUGACGAGGAUAAAUAUCACUCUUUCUUUAUGCAAAAUGCCCUUUCCGUUUUCCAAGAUACGGCGGCGUCAAGAGCACGUGAAGAAGCGUUGAGAAUAGAGAGAGAAGAGAACGAGUUGAAAGCAAAAGAGGAAGAACGCAAACGAAUAGUCGGAAAAUGGAGCGAGCAAAAAUUAGGCCCUGAAAGCUCAAACGCACUAAAGAAAUUGCAAGAGAAAAGUAAAUCCGCAGGCGUAAUAAGAAAAACCAUCAAUAAGCAGGAUGCCGAGGGAUCUCCCACUAACGCCCUAUACUCUUUCGAACCUGAAAUCAUAUCGGAGUCUGAAGAGAGAGAACGAAUAACGGCUCUGGCGCAGAGGGAUUUUCUCAUCAAAAGCUACGGCUUGCUUGAGCAGAUAUACUUGGCGAUGAAGAGAAACGGCAUGUUACGACCCGCUGAUGAGAGAAAGUACGGAUUGUUGUAUGGCAAACUGGGAUUACACGCAAACAUGAAUCACAGCACGUGCUCUUUCUCGCACAAGUCCCAUCAUCGUCAAAACGGCCAUCUGGAUUCCACGCAAGCAGCCGUGAAACAAUGUCCGCAAUGUUCCUUAAAAGUGAAUGAACACAAAUCGGUGAACCAUCAGCGUGAGUUUAAGAAUUCAAACAGAAGUUUGUGGAUAACAUGUAACGAAGCGCUUGUUUACGUUCGUCCGAAAAUACCGCAAAUAUUAUGGAUGGAAGAAAUAAAUUCUAAUAAUCACAUAGGACGCAUAACAAAAACUCACGUUGCUAGAACAUUGUCGAAUACUGUUCGGCUGCACACGCUCGAGAGAAGAGAAUCCUCUCAUUCGGCGAAAUCUAAGUAA